AUGACCUGGUCUACUUCCAUUGCCUUGCAAAUCNUUGCAAAUCUGGGCGAUUUGCAUCAAGAAUUGUUGCAAUACGUCCCGUUGUUCUGUGAACUGUUCCCAAGACUGGGCGCAGAUGGACUGACCUAUUCGGAAAUGGAUCAGGCUAUCGAUCUACACACUGGGGGUCUCCGGGUCACGCAACACGUGACCCCCAAACUUCCCGGAUCUGCAAGAUUGGAUGCUACCGAGGCGGUCACAGCAGUUCAUCUGUCGGGUUACUGUCUGGACUCAAAACUGCCCAACUUUUUUGAGCUCUGGUCACGUCUGUUCCGUGCACCCAACUGGUCCGAUGUGCAACGUUUGAUCACCCUGAUUCUGAUGUCUGCCUCGGGCGAGUGGUCCGCAAAUGUGAUUGCUGAUUCCGGACAUCACUUUGCUAUGCGUCGUGCGGCCGCCAAUCUGUCAGCCAGUUGCCGUUUUCAAGAACUAUGGAACGGACUGGAGCAAGGUCUACUUAUCAAACACAUUGCAAGUCGACUGGGUAAACAGGGACUCUCCCGGGAUGCAACUAUUCAUCAGUUGACCGAGAAAAUGAUGGCGAUUUGGCAUCACAUCACGGUUCCAGCGCGAUUGAACCUGCAUGGAGAACCGGAUGGAUUGAAAGCCGGACUAGAUCAAUUGCAACAAUUCAUCAAGCAGUUGCCCACAGUCCCGCUCGAUCCGAGCACAUCCAGACACGUGCUCGCUUUCGAUCGUCUACACUCGUGUUCCUAUUUUGUGAUGCCCUAUACAGUGCACUAUGUGGCCCACGCAUUGCCCGCUCCUUCUUACGAUUCGCCCGACUAUGCCAGCUACCGCGUCUUGUCUCAGCUGAUGACAUCCAAGUUUCUUCAUCGUGAAAUUCGCGAUCCACAUGCGUUGCACACACUGAAAGUAUUUGAAGAUGCUCUGGGUUUGGCAGAGACUGCCGAGUACUCUGCUCAGGACGUGAAUGAAGCAAAACUUGCUGUUUUCCAAGAAUUGGAUCGGCCCGUAUCUGCCGGUUCGCGUGGAUUGACCGAUUUCCUUGCCGGGAUCAGUGACGAUCUACGUCAGGCACAUCGCACCCAACUGUUCCAAGUCGAAGCGCCCGCAAUUCGCGCAGCCGCCUCGAGUCUGCUUCACAGCCGAAUCCACGGUGGUCGAGUGAUUCUCGGCCCGCAGAACAGUCUGGAUUGGCCUCGUGAACAAACCGAUCAAGAUCCGGCCUGGGAACAGAUUGUGUUCGCAGAUUGA